UAACCGGAAAUAACUCAACGAAUCUAAACUUAGUCUGAGAGUAUAUAUAAUAUCGGGGAAUUCCUAAAUCAUAUUGUGGUUUUUGUUUUUUUUUAAUAUAUCCCCAUUAAGUUUAUAUUUUUUUGCCGUUUCAUAUCAAAGAAAACUUUAACUGUAUCGUUAGAUCAAUUCACCAAAUACGCGUACACAAACCAACCAUAUCUAUAUAGACAACACUCGAAUAAGUUAUAAUGACUGUACCAUCUCAAAACCAUAUAAUAGAAUCAUUUAAAACCGCCGGUCAAGACCAGUUGUUUGAAUUUUACGAUAGCUUGACUAUUGACCAGCAACAAGAAUAUAUUAAACAACUUUCCAAGAUUGAAAAUCCUUCGGAAUUGGUCAACACUGUUGAAUCAGCUAUUAAAUUUUCUUCAUCAAACUCAAGUUCAAGAAAUUUCACUCAAUUGCCUCCUCAACAAACUGCAUCUGUUUCUGAUCUUGAAGCCGAAUUGAAGGAAAAAUGGUCCGAUUUAGGUUAUCAAGCUAUCGCCAAUGGUGAAGUUGGUGUAUUGUUGAUGUCUGGUGGUCAAGGAACACGUUUGGGAUCCUCCAAUCCAAAAGGUUGUUUUGAUAUCAAAUUACCUAGUUCCAAAUCAUUAUUUCAAAUCCAAGCUGAAAAGAUUUUAAAGAUUCAACAAGUUACUAAGGAAAAGUUACAGUUAUCUCAAACCCCAAAGAUUUAUUGGUACAUCAUGACCAGUGACGCUACUAGAAAGUCCAUUGAAGCAUUUUUCAAGUCCAAUAACAAUUUUGGAUUAUUGGUUGAUCAAAUUGCAUUCUUCGAUCAAGGUACUUUACCAUGUUUCAAUUUGGAUGGUUCCAAGAUUUUAUUGGAAUCUCCAAACAAGUAUUGUGAAUCUCCAGAUGGAAAUGGUGGGUUAUACAAGGCCCUUCAAAUAAAUGGUACUUUAGAUGAUAUAAUUGCCAAGGGAAUCAAGCACAUCCACAUGUAUUGUGUUGACAACUGUUUGGUUAAAGUUGCUGAUCCAAUUUUCAUUGGAUUUGCCAUUGACAAAGAGUUUGAUUUAGCUACCAAAGUAGUAAGAAAGAGAGAUGCCAAUGAAAGCGUCGGUUUAAUUGUUUUGGAUGACGAUAUCAAGAAACCAUGUGUUAUUGAAUAUAGUGAAAUUUCUUCAGAAUUGGCCAACAAGACUGAACCAAAUGAUCCAAGCAAAUUAUUCUUGCGUGCUGCCAAUAUUGUCAACCAUUACUAUUCUGUUGAUUUCUUAAAGAAGAUGGUUCCUCAAUGGACUUCUUCUCAAGAAUUCUUGCCAUUCCAUAUCGCCAAGAAGAAAAUUGCCAGCAUUAAUCCUGAAACCAAGGAAUUUUACAAGCCAACCGAACCAAACGGUAUCAAAUUGGAACAAUUUAUCUUUGAUGUUUUCCCAUCGGUUGAAUUGCAAAAGUUUGGAUGUAUGGAAGUUGAAAGAAUUGAUGAGUUUUCUCCAUUAAAAAAUGCCGAUGGGGCCAAGAAUGAUACUCCAACCACUUGUAGACAAGAUUAUCUUGCCCGUGGUACUAGGUGGGUCAAGGAAAAUGGAGGUUUGAUUGAAAAUGGUGCAUUCGUUGAAGUUGAUACUUUGACUAGUUAUGGCGGUGAAGGUUUGGAAUUCGUUAAGGGCAAGCAAUACAAAAAUGGGGACGUUAUCUAAACCUGUUGAGCAAUAGAGAUAAUUUUAUAUUUAUAACCUAAUAAAACAGAAAUAAUAGAGCUAAUUCAAACUAGCAAGAU